GUACCGAAGAUUACAGGAGCGGAAGCUGGAAAGAGCUGUUCAAAAUUCCACAGAUACUAUUUACAAGCUGCAACUUUCAUAGUGUAGAUCUUUAUACAUUUUAAGUCACUUAGUUACUUCGGAUACAUUUUUCCGAGAUGAAGCUCCUUCUUCUUUUUGUGUGCCUGGUUGCAGCAUUAUCUACCAGUCAUGCCGGUUCCAAGUCUAGUUCUGAUUCUGGUUCUGGUUCCUGUAGCUGUGAAGAUGAAAUAGAGGAUCAAAUAACCAAUGUCUACAUCAUCACUGCAAAGGACGAGAAGGACUUGAAAAAACUUAUCAAAAAGAUUGGGAAGAAGAAGGACUGUGAAGAUGCUACGAUUAAGUCCGAAAUAAGCAGUCUGAUGUUCGCUGCCACAGUUCGGAUGAGCCCUGAUUGUGCCGAGGAGGUGAAUGACUGGGGCUAUGUCAUCGAGCCGAACGCUGUCCAGUUCACCGACGAGUUUGACGAGCCCUGGAAUCGUGAUCGAAUUGACCAAGUAGAUCUUCCCCUCGACAUGCAACAUUUUGAAACCAGUGGUGGAGAAGGAACUACCAUUUUCAUAAUGGACACCGGCGUUCGCGUUGACCACACAGAAUUCAAUGGACGAGCUGAAUAUUACAGAGAUAUGCUUGCUUCUGACCCGACUAACCCUGAGACGGGCGACCCGAACGGCCACGGCACACGUUGCGCUGGCGCUGCCAUCGGCGCAACCAUCGGCGUUGCUACCAAAGCAAAUGUGAAAAGCAUCCGAGUUGCCGGACCGACCGGAUCAGGAUCGAUUGAGCAGUCUCUCUUAGGUUUCGAGGAGGUCGAGAAGUGGACGAUUGCCAACCCGGGUGCCAAGUGCGUGGUAUCAUAUUCCCUGUCGUCGCACGGUAUCUCUACGAGUCUCGACACCGCCGUCGCGAAACUCUCCCAGAAGUGCGUCGUGGUCAUCAGCGCUGGCAACUACGGGCAGGACCCCGAGACUGCUGAUGCCUGUAAAUACUCGCCCGGGAGAGCUCCAGAGGCGAUCACCGUUGGAGCUGCUCGUCUUCGACAGGGCGCCACAGUCGACGACAAAGCAGGCUUCUCCUGUUCUGGGUCGUGUCUCACUCUGUACGCUCCUGGCCACAAGGUCACGGUAGCUUCGAGUGUGAGCGUUGAUGGCGUCGUCACCAGCAGUGGCACAUCCUUUUCUGCUCCAGCUGUGGCAGGUGCAGCAGCUGUGUUGCUAAGCAACGGUUAUGAUAUCUACGAAGUCAAGGAUGUGAUCCGUAACACGGCUAUCAAGAACAAACUGAGCGGUUUGCCGGCCGGUGAUGAGACCAACCUCCUGCUGAAUGUUCAGAACUCAGCUUUUCAUCAACCCAAACCCUAGGAUGCUUCAUCUCUAGUUAUACCAAUGACAACAUUUAUCGCGCGCGUAUAGAUUUAGACUGGAACAUUAUGUUCAAAUUUUCGAAUUGAAUUCCAUUUAGAGAAACUGUAAUCAUGAGCAAUGGUAAUUCUCAGUGAAUUAAACAUGAUUUGCUCUGAGUAUUUAUUAUUAUGAACAAUGAGAGAUCCAAGAUUACAAUAGCUGAGUUUGGAUCAAUUAAUUAAGAUUUAAUUCUAUCUGCAUGUUUUUGUUUCUAUCUAUAAUUAUAAACUCAUGCAGAUUUCUAUAUGUUCCAUCUUCCCAAUCACCUAAUUACUGCCAUUUAAUUUUUUCGAUGAAUUAGCUACUUCAUUAUCUACAAUUCGUGUGUAGUAUAUUGUCAAGAUCACAAAUAGGUUUUACUUAUACAGCACCAUGUCCUCAAAUUAUCUAAAACUUACAGAUUAAGGAAAAAUAUUUUUCACCCCAACCCCGAGAGGGGGGGGGGGAUUUCUUAAACUGAUUAAGGCGUCCACAAUUUAGAUAGAACCCGGAAAUAAUCAUUGAUUAAUGAAAACAUGAUAUUAACACCAUUUCAUGUAUCCGCUGGCCCUUGAAUGCAGAUAUAUUUAUUGUAAAAUUUUAGAGCGAUUAUAUUAAGUUAUGGCUACUUCCCCAUGCUACAUGAAAUAUUGACGUUUUACUACAAGGGAAAAGUGUUUAUGAUGAAGGACAAACUAUCUUUCUGAAAAAUAUAUGCCCUCUUCCUCUCUACAAGCUAUCCAUCACCUAUUUUUUUAGGAAGCUGCAUCACUGUUACUAGUCAGCACAAACAAUUGCCCCUGAUCCCCCUUCCUCCCUCAGUACUGUUUUGGAGAAGUAUUCGAAAUCUGUUCAAGGCAUAAAACUGUCCUUUGGGCAAUGAUUUUAUUAAUUACUUGGAUUAUUAUUAUUCUCAAGAAGAUAUUUCCAAUGUUAUGAGAAUACUUCCUUCCGCCUUAUCUAGAUGAAUGACGCAAACUCUUAAUAGGCCAAUCAAUUUAUCUUACAACAGUAUUCAUUUCUGAAGUACCUUGUAUUUCCUGACAUUUAGUUCAGAAAAAACACCAAGGCUUGUCUCUCUGACCUUUCCUCAUUAUUUCCCAACUCUAUACGAUAAUGAUAACGUCUAUUAACUAUAUGAAUCGGUGUCUAACAAUGUAAUUGAUAUUGGUUCCAGUACAUUCUAGACAAAUUAUGAAUUAUUUAUGCAUGUAGACUACUA